UUUAUAACCUUUGCGCAUUUUCAAGUUUCAAUUCUCUUACUUUUCUUCUACACAUCUCUCUCCCAAGUAAAAUUCAAACUCUUCUAAUUUCUUUUUCUGGGUUUUGUUAAUUGUUGAAUGAUCUUGUGAAGAUGGCUGUAGAGUUAAUGCCGGGCUACAGGUUUACGUCGAAAACGGAAGAGAACGCCGCCCAAGAAGCUGCGGCGGCCGGAUUUCAGAGCGUUGAGAAGCUAAUCAGAAUGCUUGCUCAACAAAAUUUCCAAACACCAUCAUCUUCAAAACCUAUGGAUGUAAUUAGAAACGCCGACUGCCAAGCGGUGGCCGACUUGGCGGUGAACAAAUUCAGAAAGUUCAUUUCUUUGCUAGACCGCAACCGGACCGGCCACGCUCGAUUCCGCCGUGGCCCAAUUAAUAUUCAUCAUCCGAAAGCUGAGCCACGAUCUGAACAACUCGGUCCUAAUCAAACCCAGAAUUCUAUGGUGCAUCAGAAUGUCUCAGAGGAAAAGGGAAGGGAAAAUUCUAGUGGAAAAAUUUAUCGACCGACGCCGAUUCAGAAGUUGCCUCCUCUGCCGCCAGUUAAAAAUGGGUCGAUCGAGAGAAAAGAGUCGUCGACAACAAUAAGUUUUGCUUCACCAGCGAGUUCAUUUAUCUCGUCGUUGACUGGAGACACUGACAGUCUUCAGCCUUCUAUGUCGUCAGGGUUUCAGAUCUCUGCCGGCCGUCCACCGCUAUCAACGUCAUCGUUUAAGAGGAAGUGUAGUUCAAUGGAUGAUACAAACACCAAGUGCGGAGGUGGGUCUUCUGCAGAUCGUUGCCAUUGUCCCAAGAAAAGGAAAACAAGGGUUAAGAGAGUUGUUAGAAUGGCUGCUAUAAGCAUGAAGAUGGCUGAUAUUCCACCUGAUGAGUAUUCUUGGAGGAAGUAUGGUCAAAAACCCAUCAAAGGUUCUCCUCAUCCUAGGGGAUAUUACAGAUGCAGUAGCGUACGAGGCUGCACGGCCCGUAAACAUGUGGAGCGGGCUUUGGAUGAUCCAACGAUGCUAAUUGUGACCUACGAAGAUGAACACAAUCAUGCCCAAUCUAAUUCAGAAACACCAGCUGCUCUGAUUCUUGAAUCAUCUUGAUCUGAUCAGAAAGUCGCACAAUCUGACGGCCCAUAUUUGAGAUGAAAGGUCUAAAUAUCGACCGUCGAAGGAGUGGAAAAAGAAGGACCAAUUGGUCAACGCUUUUGAUUCUCCUUUAAUCAACUGGGGUCCAUUUGUUUAUUAUUGUGAGGAAAUUGUGGAGUCGAAUCAUAUGCAAGUUAUGGACUUUUUUUUGCUUCCUCAGGUUGUCAAAUCUUUAUACAUAAUUUUAUUACAAUUACCAUUUUUCUUCA